AUGAAGCCCUUGUUCCCAUUGAUCACUUGGAGCGCCCUUUGCUCGCCUGUUCUAUCUCUUUACUUCUAUGUCGAUGGCAAUCAUCCCAAAUGCUUCUUUGAAGAACUAACCCGAGGGACACUCGUCGUUGGUCACUACACUGCAGAGGAGUUCGAUCCUCAUACACAGAAAUGGGAAAAACAUGAUGGCCUCACCAAUUACAUAUCCGUCGAUGAAAUUUUCGAUAAUGAUCAUCGUGUCGUAUCUCAAAAGGGUCCUUCAUCUGGCCGCUUUACAUUUUCUUCCGCUGAUUCAGGCGAUCAUCGAAUAUGCUUUACGCUCAGCUCUAACUCUGGUAAAACAGGCUGGCUUACGACGUCUAAUCCCAACGGCGGCAUAAGAUUAACGCUUGACCUAGCGAUUGGCCACACUUCGUCAUUAGAACAUGCGGAAAAAGGCAAGAUACUGCAUAUCGUUCAGCGAGUAAAAGAACUCAAGGGCCGUUUACAAGACAUCCGUCGGGAACAAAUCUGGCAGCGAGAACGAGAAGCUGAGUUUCGAGAUCAGAGUGAGACUACAAACGCAAGGGUCGUACGUUGGACACUUAUACAGCUUCUGGUAUUAGGUGUUACCUGUACUUGGCAGCUCAGUCAUUUGCGAAACUUUUUUAUCAAGCAGAAGUUAACGUAG